AUGGGUGCCACUCUGAAAGAGUCCCUCGAAAGAUGUACCGGCAUUACAGAGGAGUUGAGAAAGGAAAAAGCGGACAUUCACGAGGAGGUAACCACAAAAAGCAAUGUCAAUGCCAUGUGAUUGCCAUUUGCAUGCAAUUCAGCUGAUUCGAUCCAUCCGCACGGAAAACUAUAAUCGCUUCCUCAAAACCCUGUGCACACUGGUGAGAGUCCAUUCAAUGAACUGUCCUCGCGAAGAUCAUGUGUUCUGUCAAUUUCAUCUCAGAAAUCUCCAGAACUCAACUACAAGACGAGAGUGAGCGAAUCGCGCGAUGAUUCGGCACGCUUGCGACCGUCUUGUGCGUGUUGUUGCCAGGCGGGAGGAGACACUGCUUUGACCACUGCGAUGAAGCUGCGGCUUGAUGCGGAAAGGUUUGUAGAAGCCUUGUUGGAGGGCGGAGCCGACAUAAACCUUCCCAGAGGGGUAACACAACAUGCGGCACGCCAACCAGCUUACGUCUGUCGUUUUCGUCAGGAUGGAACGACGCCUUUGAUGCGUGCUGUACUCGGCCAUAAUCCAGGCAUCGUGCAGCUUGUCCUCGACAAGAAGGCUGACAUGGAUAUUCAAGACGCGGCAAGUCGAAUCUCACAGUACUGCAGGAUUUAAGGCAUGAGCUUUCAUGUCUUGUCUGGACAGAAUGGCAAAAGUGCGUUGAUGCAUGCCGUCGAGGGCGGUGACGAUGAUUUAAUGCGCUUGCUGGUCAAGUCGGGCGCAGACCUCACAAAGAAGACAAAGGUAGAGAUGUUUUUACCCAUGUAUACUCAGCAUGUGCCACUGUGUCUCUCCAGAAAGGAGAUACGGCGCUUCAUCUUGCUAUCCGUAGGGGAAGUGUUCCCGCCCUUCAAGCUUUCAUAGCGGCUGUCGAGGACAGAGAGAAAGCAACGGGCCCUACCGAUGUCGGUGGUGAGAAAGGAAAAGAAGAGCCAAGGCCACCACCUCACAAAAGCAGCGACGAGGGAGUGGAGGAGAAGCCGACAGAGAUGACCGAGGGACACACGCCAACCCGACGCCCUGCGCGCGGCAAAUUGGAAGAAGGGGAGUGGAUUCCUAUCGAGAAAGAGAAGCCCCCUGCAAGUCGCGAGGAGGAACCAUCGACUGGCAAGAACGCCGCGACACCAUCAGCGACUACGUCCGAGGGCGGCGCGGCAUCUUUCGUGGAGCCUGAGGACGAUGUGAGCUUCAGCAGCCUCGUAGAUGCUUCUACAGAGACGCGAGUUUUCGUGCAGAGACAUCGCGAAAGACGAGAUGAUGAGAGCCAGAGCGCGGCAUCGCCUCUGCUAGAUAUCACUGCGCCGAAUCUGGUCAGGAGCAAGAGAGGAAAACGGGAAAAAUCGAUUAGUGCUUUGGACGUUUUGUGCUGUGCGUAUGCUCGCUAGGUGUCCGACACGCCUCUUUCGACUGCAUUAACUUAUGCAGUUGAGCGAACGCAGAAUUUUUCUGUUCUCUUUUACCGUGUUUUGUCUUUCUCAGGAAGAUUCAUUUGCACGGCUUUUGCUUGAGAAGGGCGUGGCGCCAAACCCCGAAAACCUGCACAAAUACAAUCCUCACGGUGUUUCACCAAUUAUCAACGCAGCAUCCAAUAACUUUGCCGAAGAUAUUAUGAUGAAAGUCAUUAAGGUGAAAAAACACACGACUGUCAGCAGGAAUGUGUCUUGAUGCUUUAUCGAUGCCUCUUUGUGUGCCGCGCUCAGCUGGCAGAAAAGGGGCGAGAUGCUUUCCUGUGCACGGCCAAGGACGAUAAAGGAAGGGGUCUCAUAUGGUACGCGGCAAGCCUGAUGCGCCUUUUGUUGUCUCAUCGGUUCUUGCUCUAAGUGGGAGGCGCACAAUGGCCAUGUACGAGCUAUCAAGGAGCUCUUGAGCCAUUUCAAGGCUGUAGUCGAAGCCAGACUGCCAGGAUCCAAGUUCUGCGAUCCACACAAACCAGAUGAAGCAGGUACUCGAUUGAGUCACUCAGUUCCGCCAACAGUCUGACAUCGUGUUUCUUGGCAGGCGACACACCUCUGCUGGCGGCCAUGGAGAGCGGCAACAACCUCGGUGACCUGGAGGGCAUCAAGACACUUUAUACCUGUCUCAACCCAGUGGAUGGAGACACAGCUAUUCUCGAUGCUCUCCAACAAACAAAGGACUUCGACAUCAUCAGCAGACUGAUUUCGCGCAGGCCUUCGCCGGUAGAACCCACAUUCAUGCGAUCGAUAUAGUGGCGCUCGGCUCGGUCUCCUUGUGUGUCUGUUUGUUUGUUUGUUUGUUUGUUUGUUUGCUGGCGCAGAGCUUCGACCUCCUCCGUUUCGACACACCGAACGAUCUCUCUGAGACUGCCCUGCCGAAGUCUGUCGCCCUACAGAAGAAGAACAGCUUUCGACUGCUCCUCCGAGUUGCAGUCGAGGGCGAAUUCUUCAAGGAAAUCGACAAGGCCCUUUACACAGCGGCAUGUAAGCAAUCCGUACGAGCCUCGAAUGGGCAAAUGCCAAUUUUUGGUUUGCAGUGAUGAUGAGUGACGAUGAGGUCGACGCAAUAAUCGAGGCUCGUCCCAAGGCCGUCGAAAACGUGCUGUCGAUGCUUCAGUACAAGUAAGAACUGUAUCGUCUGCAGAAGGCCUUGAUUGGUGGGUUGCCCGCUGCAGGGGUCCUCGAGAUAGUAAUGCAGCUCUCCACAUCCUCGACAUGCUGCCAUCCAAUUUUCCGAAAUUCACAGAUCCGAAAGAUGCAAAUCCCCUGCGGGUAAGCCUUCUCAAUGAACAGUCACGUAUGUUUCUCGGAUAGCCAUGCGUAUUUCUGUCUGUAUAGAGGGCGACACUUGCGUCUGAGCUGGCAGUUGUGCGCAAGAUGACCGCCCCUAGCCACUACCCCUUCCUCACGCCGCGGCACUUGAAGCUCACAUUGCAAGCGGUGAUUGAACAAGUACGAAAUCCACAUAUCUUUCUCCAGCAAAGAGCGAUCGUGGAGAGGAGAGAUAACAACACGUCAAUAUCGCACCGAGAUGCAGAAGCCUUGAGCAGCACCAACUCGUCUGAAGCCCCGCCUAGUGAACCUGAUUCGAUACGGCGGCUGAUGGCUUCACAGGGUAUUCUCGCGGCGGUGCGGCGAGCAAACAUCUCUGAGACGGCCAAGGAGAUGAAGAAGAGGGGCGACGACAAGUAUGCGUCCACCGAUGCAGCCGACAGCGCCAGCCGCAACAAGCGAAGGACGGCGAUCCUUGCGACUCUUUUCAAGUAAAUGACAUGAUGAUUCGAAAAUGGCUGUCAAGGCAAUGCUGUCAUUGUUGUGCAGCUGUCCGGUUGUCGAUGUGGAUUCGUUUCUUAAGCGCUUCACUUUGAUCGUGACCAUAAUCUCGUCGGUGUCUUAUGCUUUGUGGCUUGUUGUGAUUUCACUGCUCGUCUACAUGACUUCCUGGCCCCACAUCGUAAGCAAAGCCAUAUCGCAGCCUGUGGGCUCGUAUGGAUGGAUAGACGGAUGGACGCGUACAUCCAUCCUCGUGGUCUUGCUGCAUCCAGGAUAUUAUAAGCCUUCUGCCUGAGCCAUCCGACUACAGCUUUAGUAAAGGUGACCAAGGGCAAGGACAGAGCUAAGACAGACGUGAGCACCGGGUGUGUCUUGGCUCUUCACAGCGUCAUGGAUAUCCGUCCUCUCGUUUGUCGGCCACCAAACGACUGCCUUUGCAUGGUAAGACAGGAGACAUGGUCCAGUCAAGUAGUCGCGUUUUGUAUUUCUGUCAACCCAAUCAGGGAUGUGACGACUAUGGAGAUGAUUAUUCACUGGGCGAUGAUCGUCAUGCGCCUUGUGAGCCUCUUCGGCGUCAUCGCAUACCUCUUCUACGUGCAGCGGUUCCUCCACGCCAUCUUUCCCUUGGUGCUGGCCGUCCUGGUGGCAAUGAUUCGGGGCGUCCAGUCCUUUUGCUUCAACACAAAGGACAACCGAAGCAUGGGCACAGGUGAGAAGGAUCCACGGCUCCUGAGCCUCAGCCAAAUUACGCCGACAAUGUUAAUGUGCCCGAUGGAUGGCAACAGAUCUGCUAAGGCCAGGCACAGAAGCCGAGGAUUUCUGGGCGGACGACUUGGAGAACCUGAUUGCCCAACCCGAGUACCACGACAAACCCGAGCACCUCCGCGUGAGUAGUGCAAGCUGGUCUCCUUUUUUGUUUGCAUCACUUGUUGCUGGUUGCUUUCCUCCUCAGGACUACUACGAGGGACUGAAGCUGGCGACUCGGGUGACGAUGCCUCAGUACCUGACCGUAUGUGUCGUCUCGGGCACGGCGGCCUUCAUCUUCUCGAUGGCUUCGUGCAUCCUUCGGCUGGCAUUCAUGAACUAUCUGGAGUUCUACCGAUUCACUCGGGCUUAUGAGCUCACCAGAGACUACCUGUGAGACAGAACCCAUACAGACAUCCGCUUGCAUUGUCUCGUGUGUAUUGCAGCUGGUUGGCCGUGAUUGCGGAGCUGCUGCUGAUUCUCAACACGUGGAUCAUCGCUAUGGAUUUCAUGAAGCCCCUGAGUCUGCUUAUUCUGCAGUCGUCGUCUCACUGGCGGCUGCUUAAGCACUUCAUGCGUGAUUAUAACCACAGGGGGCUCAUCGAGGUCAGCGACGAGGAGUUCAACCAGACACUCACCGACUGGCUGGACGCACGGUGGGCGGGACACACGCUUAUUCGCGCGUCCAUCUGUGCGCCGGCCAUUUCAUGCUUGCUGCCUGCCAGGCAAGACAUACUUGACAAGUUGGAGCUCCGCCGCAAUGCCUUGCGGGCGCCUUCUCCUCUAUAUCAGCAAUCCUACUCAGUAAGUGCAUCCUUGCGUACACGUCUUUUCUCGAACAUCCUCUUUGUGUGCGGUGUGUUUGAUGUGUCAGUCCUCUUGAUAUGGCAGGCGGCCUUUGCGGUGUACUGCUUCUUGUCGGGCGACACCGGCUAUAAGUACCUGUCAACCAUACUGACGGAGGAGCUGAGCUUCUACUUGUAUAUCCUGGCUGUGAGCGGCAUCCUCUUGUGCAUCGUGACCAUCAUAUUCGGCGGACUCGCAAACGAUGUAAGCAAGGCAGAACGGGAUCUGUAUGUUGCGUUGUUUUUCGUUUGUGGAUGGCCAUCUGUCACCGAUAAGGUGGCGUCCAAGCACUGGUUCCGUCUGAAUGACCUGCUGCGCCGCCUGCCACACACAGCCGAGAGAAGAAAGAGCCUCGAGCGGGCAUCCAUGUCUCUCAAACCUGAAGACCCUGCCUUCACGGUAUACCAAGCCGCUGGAGUAUCCCCUCCCAACCCCAUCUGUGUGCUCUUGUCUGUGCAGGUGUGGGGCAUCACACUGACUCCCAUGGUGUCUUUCGUCCUUACCUUCCUCCUGGUGACGUGCAUCAUCCUUGGAUCACUUGUGUAAGCAUUCACAGGCAUAUUCUCGAUUUUUCAGCAUCAUGAUUGCGUGUAUGCGCUGCAGCUAUGCCGACAAGAGCGUUAUGGACCGAUUUGCACCGCAGGAAGACAGGCUGGCAAUGCCCCAGGAUACGGCAUCGAGGCUUCAGCUAAACGAGGGAAUGAUAACGCAUGCGGCACUCAGACGGCCGGGGACAGACGUGUUGGAUCUGCCCACUGACGACAAAAGGAGAAGAGACCGUGUCAGUGAGUCUCUCCCAGAGAUCAACGCGACCGUAAACAAGACAUACCAGCACGCCGGCAACCGGACGUCGCUGUCCCAUGGCACGCUAUUUGAGUGGCUGCUGGGGCGCCCGUCGAGCUUGUCUGCAUCCCUUAUCAGCCUGAAACCGUAUAUACGGCAUGACUCCGCCAGCGAUGAGUCACAGGAACUUCAAGGCGAGAUGAAUAGCAAAAGAUAGGGCAGUGGCGACCAGCGUACUGAGGAUGGAAGGGCGACAAGGAAGGAGUGAUGCAUGUAGGCGGGAGGAGACAUAGAUUGGUGACUGUCUUUGGUACAGUACUCUGUGGCUUGAAGCGAUUGUUUGCGUCCGGCCGCAGUCCGGCGCUUAGCGAGUGAAGGUAGCAUCUAUGUGAUUGGCUUUUGGACAUCAUUGCAGUGUGUCGUGAGAGACCUUGAGUGCGUCUUUUUUUUAACUGUUUUCCAACGGCUGCCGUACGCGGUACUGUGGCUGUGUGUGUGUGUGUGCUGGGGCGGGAAUCUCCGAGACUGCGUGUCGAGAUGCCACGCCCUCCAUGCCCUUUUCCCCUUUGCUGUGUGCUCCUCCUUGCCACUCUCUCGCGAUGUCAGCUCACACCAAAAGCGGAGGAACAACUCGAGAAGAUAGUCGACCAAGUCGGCACACUCUUGACGGGCCGGCGAGAGAAACCUGGGACUGAAGGUUGAUGAAGCUCCCCAGUUGCCUGCGUAGGUAUGUGCAUGACAUUGUAUGCUUUGUUCCAGAUGCCCCGAUAGCGCCAGCGAACGGCUCCAGCCUCGGGUGUCCAGUGUUCAGCAUGGUGCCUCCGCAGCCCAAAAGUGACGGUCGAGUCGACUUUUCAUCCGCACCCGCAGAGACCCUGCCCGCAGACAGCGAGCACUACAUCGCCCUGCAAUUGGUGGGGGGUGCAAAGCGAAGCACCCACACAAGUAAAGCGACCAAAGCUCUUGGGUGCCGUCUGUGCAUGGCAUGCAGAGCCGGGCCGAGAUGAUGGGCUUCACCCACGUCAUCCUUGCAGCCAACUCGCGAAGCGGCAACGCCGACAUCCUCGUGCAGUCACACAAUGGGUGGAUCUGAACGCACAGAAGGCGGGCGGCAUAGGUACCCUUUUCUUUGUCUGUGUCAUGACAGCACGGUGUACGGGCGAUCGAGCGCACCUUCUGAUGGUGACAAUGGGCUGUAUGAGGAUUAUGUGGUGCUGCCUGUGGAGAGCGGGGCGACGGCCCAUGCAUUCGUCGUCCCUGUCGGCAACACACACGCCGAUGUGGUCAGUCAAUUGCAGUCAGCGGACACACACACGGAUCCAUCUCUGUCGGCCUGUCUGAGUGCCUGUGUGUCCUCUGCCCAUGUGUGUGUGCAGACGGUGUUGCUGUCGUUCCACAAAGACGGCGAUUGUGUGGUGCCCUUCAAGAUCACCGGCCUCGACAAACCCGUCAGCGACCCCUCAGUCGACCUGAGCGACAACGCAGCGCCGCAGCUGGCGGACGACGCUCCUCGCCCACUGCCGAACACUUCGAUGCCCACAUUCGCCACUUACAAGCAGCUGCCUGGGAUGCCUGAGGGGCAAGCGGCUGUGGCCAAGCGAUUGAUCGACGGCAUCAGACAGGGCAACGACACAGCCCAGCUGUUGGAGAAUGGCGGGCUGGAGCCGGCGGAGUAUCGACUUGCCGAGGGUGUCCUCCACACACUGUGGAAGGCCAAGGUCAGUGGAGGCGGGUGUCAUGGUUGCCGGCCGGCUGUAGUGCGUGGCGUGGAAUGGUCUCUGCAGGACGUCCCGGACCCCGAGCAAUAUUAUUAUGACUAGUCCGCGAGAGAGACGGGAGGGUGAGAGAAAGCAGACACGACCGUGCAUGUUGCCAUGUCGUUCUUGCAGCUACUAUUAUUCUUAUUACGGAUAGUAAGACAAAAUGAAGGCAGGCCGGCCGGCUCCCAGCGUGCAAGUGCCCAUUCGUUUGUGUCCCUGUCCGCUCCGCUCCCUCCAGCUACCCCUACUAGUAAGUGUCGCUCACUAUAGCCGCACACACAGCUUUCAGGGCUCACGUGUUGCGUUGAUCUGAUCCGUCGUAUUUUCUGUCAGCUAUUAUUACUCCUACCCCUAUUAUUACAUCUAG